UGGUUGAACUUACAAGCACUUUGGCGAAAACUUUUAGGCUAUUUGGCCUUUUGCGCUCUUGUGGUCUUGUUUGUAAAAAAAACCCGGUUGGACUUGGAGUUUAAUGCCAUUAUUACGCUAUAGAAGAAAUAACAGUGAAUAUCUUUUCAUGUUUAAGUAGGUUUUACGAGCUUGAAAGAUCUGCGAGAAAGAAAGGACUGGUUGAAGAACUCAAUCGAAUGCUCAAUUUUUAUUCUUGUUAAAUUUUUUUGAGCAUGAGUUCCCACAAUUAUUCUGCUUAAAAGAUCCUCAAACAUCGUUUUUAGUGCCUUGGCAUUGCAGUCUUAGAGUUUUUAUUGAUAAUAUGGAUUCAAACAAGAACGAACCUAAGCUAAAAGAGCGAAGCAGCUCAAAUCGUUUUGAAAACAUUCAACCGAAGACAACCAACUCAUCGCAGGCAAAAGAACAAACUCAAAGUGAUAACAAAGUUUUUCUGACGAUUUUUACUUCACUAGUCAUAGAUUUGUUAGCUUUUACAGUUAUUUUACCGCUUUUGCCGUCUCUUCUUGAGUUCUAUGGAAAACAGGAAGAGGAUGUCCUCUACAACACAAUGAUGAAGAAAGUCAAUACAUUUAAGAACUUGAUGGGAAUGCCUGAAGUUGGUAGAUUUAAUGCAGUUUUAUUUGGAGGAAUUAUAGGCUCGUUAUUCUCACUGCUCCAAUUCUUUUGCUGUCCACUUAUUGGUGCUUUGUCUGACUUGUAUGGAAGAAAACCUACAUUGCUAAUUUCCAUGUUUGGUGUUUUAGUGUCUUACGUUAUAUGGGCACUAUCCCAGAACUUCACAAUGUUUGUAAUUGCUAGGUUUAUUGGUGGAUUGAGCAAAGGCAACGUUACAAUUUGUACUGCUGCAGUUACUGAUGUUACAUCAUCAAAAACUAGAAGUAAAGGAAUGGCUCUUAUUGGUAUAGCAUAUUCCAUUGGUUUUAUUGUUGGUCCAACUAUUGGUGCAGUCUUUGCAACUCAGUCAUCUCUGAAAGGUGGUCACUUCUACUACCUACCAGCCAUCUUUGCAGCUGUCCUGAGCUUUGUGGAUAUUUUAUUUGUUCUCUGCUUCUUUAAAGACACAUUGCCUCAAGAAAAAAGGGCAGUGUCCAUGGUGGCAGAGUGCAGGAAGGCUUUUCAUUACAUCAACCCUGUAUCACUCUUCAAAUUCAGUGCUCUUGAGCGAUCUAGUUCAUCAGAUUUGAAAACAGUUCGUUUCCUUGGCCUAGUCUAUUUCUUGUUCUUGUUCUUUUUUUCUGGACUGGAAUUCACUCUAACCUUUCUCAUGCACAAAAAUUUCCAAUACACAAGCAUGAAACAAGGAAUGAUGUUCUUCUUUAUUGGUGUUGUCAUGGCAACAGUUCAAGGUGGCUACGUGAGGAGACUAGCUGAAGGCUCAGAAAAGAAAACAGCCGUCAAGGGUAUGAUAGCCAUGAUGCCUGGUAUGGCCUUAGUAGGGGUGGCUACUACACCUUUUGUCUUGUACUCUGGGCUAACUUUGUUCUCUUUUGGUUCAGCUACUGUGGUCCCAUGUCUGACAUCAUUGAUUUCUAAAUAUGGAACCAACGAUCAAAAGGGCAAGAUUAUGGGUAUUUUUAGAUCCCUUGGCGCGUUGGCGCGUGGUAUUGGUCCAUUUAUGUUCUGUUCAGCAUACUGGAGUACAGGUCCCUUUUGGUGCUACCUCGUUGGAUCCCUAUUCUUUGUGGUCCCGCUGUUUCUUCUGAUGAAAUAUGUCCCUGGUGAAGAACCUGACAAGAAGGCUCAAUAGAUAGAUACAGAUAAGAUGCAUACCAGCCUACCAAUGCAUUACUGUGCUUCUCAAUAGUCCCCUUCACAGUUCCCUGCGCCAUCAUUCAGAAUUUUGUUGUCGUCGCUGUUAUUGCGAGACGUGACAUUUACCCUUCCCUUAGUCCCUUCGUGUGGUAACGCAAUAACAAACAACAGGAAAAAAUUAAUUAGUGUCACAAAGUGUACUAAAAUUACACUGAAUUUGUAUCAGCUAAAAUUAUUCAAAUCGACUUAACGUACUCGUUACUAUUUAUGAUUCUAAACUAUUCAAAUAACACCGAUAUUAUAUAUCUUUAAUUAUCAAAUUUUAAAAUCUUAAAAGUCUUAGGAAAAUAAAGGUCGAAGAUUGA